AUGAACAUCUAUGAGCGCGCCAUCAACGUCGCUACGAACCCAAAACAUUCAAAAUGGAUUUCGUCAUUGCUUCUGAUUGCAGACAUAUUCCUCUGCGCACUCAUUGUUUGGAAAGUUCCAUACACAGAAAUCGAUUGGACAACAUACAUGCAGCAAGUGUCCCUUUUCCUGUCUGGUGAGCGCGACUAUGCCCUCAUUAAAGGCUCUACGGGACCGCUCGUUUACCCCGCUGGGCACGUUUACGUCUACUCCGCCCUCUACUACCUUUGCGACGGCGGUCGGGAUAUAUUCUUUGCCCAGGCCCUCUUUUCGAUCUUAUACCUGGCAACAUUAGUGAUUGUGAUGUGGAGUUAUCGCUUCGUGAAGGCACCGCCGUAUCUAUUUCCGCUGCUUGUGUUGUCUAAACGACUUCACAGCGUGUUCCUCCUUCGGCUCUUCAAUGAUGGGGUUGCGACAUUUUUUUUGUGGGCUGGCAUCUUUGCCUUACAAAGGAGGCGGUGGUCUGCGGGCGUCAUAUUGUGGUCUAUGGGGGUUGGAGUUAAAAUGACGUUGUUGCUUGUGGCGCCGGCUGUUGCGGUGAUUGCUGUGCUGGGUGUUGGCAUCCUUAGGGCUGCUGGCCUGGGGGCGACUGCGUUAUGGCUACAGGUGCUCUUUGCUCUCCCUUUCCUCAAAGAAAAUCCCAGUAGCUAUAUUUCAAGAUCAUUUGAAUUCACACGUCAAUUUUUAUUUAGAUGGACGGUAAAUUGGCGAUUCGUGGGAGAAAAAGUCUUCACCUCCAAUGCCUUUGCGGUUGCAUUGUUGGCUGUACAUGCAUCGUUACUCGGAUUAUUUUUAAUCUUUUGUUGGAUCCGUCCAUUGACCACCAGCCCAGAACAGCUUAUCAAAAAUAUCGUCCGUGGGAGACAGCUGCCAAUUCAAAUCGUCAACUCCUUCAUCAUGACGACCAUGUUGAGCUCCCUUGCAAUAGGCCUGCUCUGUGCUCGCAGUUUGCAUUAUCAAUUUUUUGCGUAUCUUUCAUGGGCGACGCCUUACCUUCUUUGGAAAUCCGGAUUUCACCCAGUGAUUACCUAUUUGGUUUGGGCCGCGCAGGAGUGGGCCUGGAACGUCUAUCCAAGUACAACUGCAAGCUCGAUCACUGUCGUUUCGGGUCUUUCAAUCCAGGUUUUUGGGGUAUUUUGGAAUGGUUACCGAAUGCGUUUCUCAAACAAGGAACAUAAGGAAUAA